AGCUUUGGCCCAAGUGCAUAGAAGGCACUUUGGCAGCAUCAGUGCCACAGGCAGUUGAUUUGUGGGGAAUUUGUUUGGUCAGGGCUUUUGUGCAAACCUGGGAAGUGCAAGUGUAUCAUUUCCGAUGUGCUUGGAGUGCCGAUGGGCCAGGCAAUCAUGUCAAAGGGCCGGUGCUGGCUUCUAGCGUUGCUGGCAAUUGGUAGCCAGAUCACAUGGGUGCCGUUUGCCCCGACACAGCUCUCAAAGUCUAGGAGGAAAGGCUUGCUCUCAGCACUAGGCCAUCUCACUGUGGGGGCUAGCGCGGAGCCUGCCUUCGACUGGGGCCAGGCCACGCUGGUGCUGGUCCUUUGCUCUGCCCUGGCCUUGCCAGCCCGAGCUUUGGCUCCUACAGCUGAGUAUCCGGACGGAAACCCAGUUGCCAGUGACUUGCGGCUACCUGCCUUGCCUCAGGAAGAGCAACAAAGGAGAAGAACGACACCUAGAGAGCAACUGAAAGUUGAGCAAUGGUACAAGCAAGGUAAGCGUGCCUUUGAAACCAACUGCUCGGGCUGUCAUCCAAUUUCGCGCUUCGUGAACGAGAGAAAUCAGGAUCAGCUAAUGACCAAAGAGUAUUUUGAAAAGCGAGGCGGUAUAGAUGAGUCCCGGAUUCAGUACAACAUCCGCUACGGCGCCGGUAACAUGCCAGGUUACGCCGCGGACUGCGGGGAUCUCAACGACAACUUUGCCGCUACCUGCAGCACCGUCGUCCCACUCUCUGAGGAGAAGCUGCGCGAUGUGCAGGAUUAUUUGCUGAACCGUGUGAAUACUGACAAUUGGCAAACCCCGCCUUGAUUGGUGCAUCAAGCAGUGGGGUGCUUCGCGGCUGAGGGCCCUUAAUUGGGUGGCCCAUGCCGAGUGAGAGAUUUGCCUCAUUCGUGCACCAUCGUGCACCCACAGAGGAGAGAAUCUCCGGCUUCAGGAAGUUUGGGGUAUGCC